AUGGCGGCAAUCUCGAGCGAGGAGCUGCAGGAUGCAUGGCAGAAGGUGAAGGCCAUGACAAUUCUUCCCGAGCCCCCUGAGCCGAAGCUCCCUUCGUUUGGCCCAAAGGUGUCGAUGAAGACCAGGCUGCAUGCUAUCCAGAAUCUCAUCAACUCUCUUGAGUACAACUACACUGGGACACUGUACUUUGACGUGAACAAGAACCGCAGCUUCAAGAGCAUCGCGAAUACCGCGAAAGAGAUUAUCAAGGAGGCUCUGCCUAUCCAGUGCCUCGAAGCAGUGUUCUUGGGAGCGUACCUGACGGCUGGCUUCCAAAACCUUGACCGCUUCCCGAUUAGCUUCAAGACGACGGCUGGAACCUCAACGCACCGCCACAUUGUGCUGGGUAUCCGUCACCAGCAGCAGAAGUGGGGAGCGUUGGGUCUUAGUCGGUGUGACAAACUGAUGAACAAGGAAUUGAAGUUCGACUCGCUGAGCGACCUGGUGCUGGAUUACUGUCGUGAAUACCAAAACGUCUACCACAAGGUCGUACUCAAUCUUCCUGUUGAUACAAACAAUUGGGCUGAAGUUGCCAAGCACCUCGACAGUUUUGCCAAGGAUGCGGCAGAAAUCGAUAGCUUCAAGAAGGCAAAGGGUGAACUCCCCGCGUGGUUUGGAACUAAAUACGCGCUGAACGCCCCUGAUGCCGAGGUCGGCGGCAUUCGCUCGCCUCGGCGUUUCAACUCGUUCUCUGAUGACUUCGGGGAGUUUGAGGAGGAAGAGCAGACCCAAGAGCCUGCACCCGCUCCCUUGCCGACUCCAACUCCAAGAGCUAAACCGAUUGUGGUGACACCAGAUGAAUUCGUUUUCAAGAAGCCGUCGUCGCCUGCUCUACCAGCGCCACCGACGAACAUAUUCCUGCAAAAUACAACCUCGUCUCCGUUUUUGAUUGAGAUAGAGGACAACUCCGGACUCCUAGAGAUCAUCACCAAGACGCCUUCGGCAAUGCCGCAAGAGAAGACGCAGCAAAUGGAAGAGCGGGACGAACCAAACCUGGAUGCCAAUCCUACGAGGGCCACUGCGACGUUCCAGAUUUCAGCAGUAAGUCUGUUUCCACGCUAG